AUGCUCCAAUUGAAUUCGGAAAAGUGUUCCGAACUGAACUUCAAAGUGGGAGAAUUACUCAUUCAAUACGAAGAUAGUUCAUCAUAUGGUAAUACUUUUCGCAGUCCUUUCGAUCCGCGUUCCGAGGAUUUACUCCCAUCUUCACGGGAAGACGAAUUGAGAGAUUAUGGUACUCCCUCGGGAAAGGGUAAACAUCAACAUCGUCAUUCGGAAUGGUCCUUUUUCGAAGAAGUUAAGACAAUCACUGAAGGUGACAAGUUUGACAGAUUACAAAGCUCUGAUGGAUUAAAUGCUUACGAGGAGGAGGAAGAAAAUUUCGGACCACAACCCAUUCCCAGUCGACGGAAAGAUGGCGGAGAUGUACAUCCAGCCAGUGGUGGCAAGGAAUUGUAUAUUCGACAAGAAUCUGAAGAGGAAAAUGACGAUUUGGAAGACAGUUGGGCAGAGGAAGAGAGUCGACUUCGGCCUCCUGCUCUACCCAUCAAUCUUGAAUCCGCGCUUGCAGAAUUACCAGUCGAAGAUCCUGCAACUCGAACUAAACGUCUCCGACCUUUACAAUUCCCAUUGUAUGUUAAUGUCGGUGGAGAUCAAGAUAGGGCACUCUACAAUCGAAAUAAGGUUUACUCAGAUAUCAGACCUCUUAGAACCAUGGAUCAGAAUAUUCCCGGAGUGGAACUUCCCGAUACGGUUGUGAUUCGCACUCGACGUCGAACAAUGAGUGGGGUUACCGGUUUCCUUCCAAGAAGUUCUGCACUUUCCUCAAGUUCUGUCUGGUUUGGAGACCAUCCAGUACCUUCAAAAACCCAAAUCUAUGCAGCAGACAACUCACCACUUCGACUUUCUACCAUUCAGCUUCAAGCCCAGGCUGAAAUUGCUCGUAGACGUUCAAGAAGCAAUCUCGCAGCUAGGAGUAUGUUAUCAGGAACUGGAGGACAUGAACGUAGUCGAAGUUUGGUAGGGUCUAGGGCGACACUUGCGGCAUCUACAGGUUCUCUUUACGGCCCAACCGGUAGAAGGAUACACGGUGGGGCCCCUCUUGUUGAACGAGCUAUUAAAAGGCAUGUGAGUCAUAGAGAUGGAUAUGAGACGCUGUCAUUGGUACACGUUCCUAGAUUGAGUGGCGAGGAGACGUCUUCUGUAAUUGUUGCCGCGGCGAACACCGCGGAACAGCGACGUUUGAAAAGACCUGCUUCGUCAGCCUCAAUCUACAAACCUCGCUCUGGGCAUGCGCCUUCCCAAAUCGAUGCCGCAAGAAGUAAGACUAAAUUUUUGUUUUAA